CAAGCGAGCAGGGUUGCAAGAGGCCCUCAUGCGGCGCGCGCCCGACGGCGCUCGGGCGCGUGCUAGAGGUUGCGACAGAUACGAAACGCUGGGCCGCGGCCAGUGCGCGGACAUUGGCCGCCGUCUUCGCCGCGAUCGACAGGCGGAACGAGGCUGGUCGCGCGCGGCCGCGCUGGAUCGGCGUUGCAAGACGUUACGAGCUUCGUUGGCAGCGCACUGGCGUCUUUCUGAUGCCGUAGGCCGCUUCCUCCCCACUCUCGGGGAGGAGUUGGCGGCAGGGCGGCCGCUGGGCUGCGAAGCCGCUCUCCUCGAGGAGGCUUCCGACGCGCUGGUCUUCGGCAACCCGGCGCGCCAUCCACCCCUUCCCAGCGUGGUCAGCGGCCUUGCACGGUCGCGUGAUGGCUACGACGCUCGUGCAUUGGAGCGCCUGUUUUCUGGCGACGGCGUGCGGCGUCCAUGCGAGGUGCCGUUCUUCUUGCUUUCGGCCUCCUCGGCGGACCACGAGGGCCAGGCAGCCGUGUUGCUGCAGGCGUCGGCGAGCGAUUCGGACAUCGUCGCCUCGGUCAAGGUGCAGAUCGGCAGUUGUUCUUCGGUGGCAGAUUGUUCUGGCGCGCGCCCUUCGCGUCGCAGCGGAGGUGCCGCCGUCGGGGACGCCGCUCAUUUGUCGGGAGCGACCGACGUUCGGCCGUUCACGGCCGCGGGCAUUUGCACCGACGCGGCGGGGGAGCCGCAUGGUUCGAGCUUCUCCGAUUUCCCCGAGCUCGGCGCCGCUGCCGAGCUGGAGGCUCGGGUGGACGAGCCCUUUGAGGAGCCUUUCGAUGUCCCCGACCAGACCUUCCAGCAGGAGGAGCUGCAGGGUUCCAGCGACAUGCACGAUUCGGAGUGCAAGUCUGUCGAGCAGGCCUUCGACAUGGAGGCCGAGUGCUGCGAGCCCAGGGUGUCCGAAAAGGGGGUGGACGAGGAGGGCUUCGCGGUUGAGUUCAACGGGAAGGAGUUCUCCUUUGAGGGCACGGGGAGUAUCGACAAGGUCUCCGACGUCCAGAUCCGCGUGGCGAACAUCGUCAUCGAGGCGGGGAGGCCCACGGCAAAGGUCUUCGGGGCCUUUCGAGGCGGAUUGUGUCUGGUGUGCCCAGACUCGCGGCUUCGCUCUGGCGAGGCGCCGCCGCUUCGACGAGAUGGAUUCGGGAUCUACGUCCACGAGUUUCGCGAGAUCGGGGUUGGCCCCCGCGAGGCCAAGAUGGAGAGCUUGGACUGCGAGGGCGCCACCCACAAGGCCUGCGUCCUGGAGCAGCUCCGCCUGCUCUCAUGGCUCCGUGGUUCAGCAGGGUUCAAGGUGUUCCUCAACCCCCCCCCGCCUCCUGGCGGCGCCGCGGCCCAGCGCUCAAUCGCUGGACCGCCCAAAGAGCUUGUAAGUGUUAUCUGCUCCCAGCUUCUACGCUCGGAGCUCACCAUAACCGAUGCCAUAGAGGUCAAAGGGAAGGAUGCCGACCUGAACAUCGCGUUCGAGAUCGCCGCGAUGCGCGCUGAGUCAAUGGCAGAGUUCCGGGCGAAGCAGAAGCAGUUGGCCGAAGCGAAGGGCAAGGGCAAAGGUGGGCCGAGCUGCGGGCAGGCGGCCCGCGAGCCGCAGUCGGCGUGGUCACAGGCUUGGCGCGCCCGCUUCAUCGACGCGCUGCCGCACGGCAACGACGGCGCACUUGCGGCCGACGACGUUGGGUUGCGCCCUCUGCUGCUGGAGCUGUGGCAUGAGGUCGUCGAGGCGGCGUCCGGCGAGGCGCAGGGGGCGCUGGAGCUGUUCGCGGUGGAGGCCGCGAGCGGCGGCGCGGGCGCCGCCGGGCCGCUCCUCAGCGACGAUUACAAGGGACCGAGCCAUGUCUUGGUCGGUGGCGCAGUCCAUCGCGCAGCCUCCGGCGGCGGCGCCGACUCUGGGCACGCCGAAAGAGGAGGUGCUGCGCAUCUGGCCCGAAGACGGCAAACCAAAGCCAGGCCCCGCUGCAGUGCUCCACCUCGAUGGCCUCGGGGCCUUCGGCGAGGCGGAGAUUUCUGCCGCCUACAAGAGGAGAUGUCGCGCACAGUCCAUCCAGACAAGACUCAGGACGUGCCUGGUGCGACAGAGGCGUUCAAGAGACUCAAAGGAGGACUCCGCGGACGAGCUCAAGAAGAGCCUCCAGAUUUCGCGGGAGAUCCUGCAGAGGCUCGAGUUCGUCAUGGGCUUCCGCGCCACCGAGGACGAGCAGUUGCAGAAGCCCCAG